AUGUCGCAGACAGACUCCCGCCGCGUGUCGUUUGCUUCCACGACUUUCCCGUCCACUUACUCGUUUGUUAGCGCCAACACCGUCGCCAGCCGCUCACGCACGCGCUCUGAGUCCAUCAUGUCCAGCAGGCCCAAGAGCAUGCCCGACUUCUCUGCCCUCAUGGACGCCUCGAUGCCGCUGUUCGAGAGCAAGACGAACACGCCAAGGAGCACCUCGCCCGAGAGGAGAUCGCCCGAGAGGAGAUUGCCCGAGAGGAGAUCGCCCGAGAGGAGAUUGCCCGAGAGGAGAUUGCCCGAGAGGAGAUUGCCCGAGAGGAGAUCGCCCGAGAGGAGAUUGCCCGAGAGGAGAUCGCCCGAGAGGAGAUUGCCCGAGAGGAGGUCCCCCGAGACGAGGUCCCCCGAGACGAGGUCCCCCAAGACGAGGUCCCCCAAGACGAGGUCCCCCAAGACGAGGUCCCCCAAGACGAGGUCCCCCGAGAGGGCGGCAGGACACUCGCGCAAGAAGCCGAGCAUGUCGCUGGCCCAGGGCCUGAUCAUCAACGGCGAGCUGCAUCCGCCCAAGUCGCCCUACCGGCACCCCCUCGGCCGGGGAAGCCAGGACAGCGAGCUGAACGCGGCAGACAACGGCGAGGAGAGCCUCUUCUACGCCUAUGCCCUCAAGAGCGACUAUGCAAACUCGCCCCCGUACCUCCUCACCUUCGCCACCUCGGACGUCUGCGCCCAGUGGUGGUCGCUCGUGCAGCGCUCGUACCCCGAGUCCACUCGUCCCGGCGCCCAGCUCUUCGUCCUCAAGACGGACGACAUGCAGGCCAUCCAGGACGACCCCAGGUUCUUCGAGCUGCGCAGCAAGUGGUUCUUCACCUCCCAGGACAGGUCCAACUGCGCCACGCCCGUCAUCCCCCUGCAGGGCACCACCGGCCACCUGGUCGCCCGCGCUCCUCUGCCCCAAGCACAGCCGGCCGCCGAGAAGCCUGCCAGCACGGCCGUCGACAGCCUGGCCGAGAAGCUGGAGCGACUCUCCUCGGUCGUCGAGAGCAGCGCCGAGCACAUCCACGCCCUGUCCGUCGCCCAGUCCGCCGGCCUCCAGCGCAUGCAGGAGAUCAACGAGAGCAACAGCACGCAGAUCAAGGCGCUCGCCGAAUCGCAGGCCAAGCUCCAGGCCCUGAUCGACCAGAACGCUUCGCACUACAUUGCCCUCUCCAACACCUCCUUCGAGUCACACGAGCAGGUCAAACACGUCCUGCAGGCAACGACCGCCCAGAUCCAGAGCUUGAGCGGCAGCCAGGCCCAGCUCGCACAGACCUGCAAAGCCAUGGUGCGCACUAUUGAAACCCUCAGCACCUCGGUCGACCACAUGACCGUAGCCUCACCACCAGCGGCAUCUGCCUCAGAGACCUCGAGUGUACAGUCCACUCCACCGCCGUCCUUCACCAGUGCCAUGGCGAACAGGAUCAGCCCAGCGCCCAGGAAGCUGAACAGGCGCAUUCGCGGCGUGUGGUACGAGUACGACAACAAUGCCGCGCCGACGGUGCAUGGCGCGCCGAGGAAGCUCGCGCCUGCUCCUGUUCUCAGCACGCCUCCGAAGACGCCUACUACACCGAGGACGCCCAGGAAGCUCAACCAGAAAUAG